AUGAGUGAAGAGAAGAAAGAUAGUACUAGUAUAGAUGUUGCUGAAGUGUUGGCAGACUCCCAUGAAAACCUUCUAUCAACAAGGAAGUUGGUCAUGGUGUUUUCUGGUAUGGCACUUGCUUUACUUCUCAGUUUCGUAGAUCAAACCAGUAUAACUAUUUUAUUGCCAUACAUGGGAGAAGAAUUUGAUGCUGAAGAUACAAUUUCAUGGGCUGGUACUGCUUCAUUGAUGUCAACCACUGCUUUUAUGGUAAUGUUUGGUAGGUUCGCUGAUAUAUUCAGUAGAAAGUAUGUUUUGGUAGCGGGAAUGAUUAUAUUAGCUGUUUUCGAUUUGGCUUGUGGGUUAGCCCGUAAUCAAUAUCAAUUAUUCGUUUUUAGAGGUUUCUGUGGAAUUGGAAAUGGUGCCAUAACAUCAUUGACCAUGACCAUAGUUAGUGAUGUGGUUACCUUACAACAAAGAGGUAAAUAUCAAGGUAUCUUAGGAAGUUGUGUUGGUAUUGGUAAUGCCAUCGGACCUUUCCUCGCCUCAGCCUUCUUGUCGAGAACGUCGUCAUGGAGAAACCUUUAUUAUUUUAUGUGCCCAACCAUCAUCGCCGCCUCAUUAGUCAUUGUUUGGUUGGUUCCAUAUACAAGACCUGAUAUUUCCUUAAAGGAGAAGUUAGCGAAAAUUGACUAUUUGGGAUUCUUCUUUAGUUCUGUGGCUAUAAAUUUUAUUCUUAUACCCAUUUCUGGAGGUGGAAGUUAUUUCAAAUGGAGUAAUCCUAUGGUAAUAUCAUUCUUGGUCAUUGGAGUGGUAGCAUUAGGAGUGUUCUUGGUCAUUGAAAAGAAGGUGGCAGUACUUCCAAUGAUUCCGUUGAAGUUGUUUCACACUAAUUAUUCCUUAACCAUUCUUCUUUUACAAAAUUUUUUCUUUGGUAUGGCAUACUACGGAAAUGUUUUUUACUAUCCAUAUUAUUUUCAAAUGGUCAGGGAUAAAUCAGUGGUCAAUACAUCGUUGUUCCUUUUGUGUUUAGUGCUUCCACAAGCUACUACCUCUGUUAUUUGUGGACAAGUUAUUUCUCGUACCGGUCAUUAUAUUUUUGUAGUCUGGUACGGGUACUCUUGUUGGCUAAUUGGAAUGUGUUUGUUGGUAUUAUGGGGCAACCAUACAAAUAUAGGAGUAGUGAUAAUAAGUUUGAUAAUCAAUGGGUCUGGAAUUGGAGCUAUCUUCCAGCCUACCUUAGUGGCAGCUCAAGCAAAGUCAUUUAAAAAAGAUAGAGCUGUGGUAAUCAGUACAAGAAAUGUCUUGAGAUCUUUGGGAGGAGCUGCAGGAUUAGCUGUAGGUGCUUCUAUAUUAUCAAAUGGAUAUAUAAGUUUCCUCAAAGACAGUCAUGGUCUCUUCACUGCCGAAGAGUUGUUGGUGUUAAGAUCCAAGAUAUAUACCGUCCUGUUUAGUCAGUUCAGUCCUGAACAAGUGACUUAUCUCAGGAUGGCCUAUAUGAAGGGAUUAAAAAAUGUAUUUUAUUAUUGGAUUGGCUGUAUGUCAGUGUGUCUUGUAAGUAGUGUAGUUAUAAGGGAUCGAGGAUUAAAAUCUUUGGAUGAUAACUAA